CUUUCUCUCCUCCCACCCUUGCUCUCUGCCUCUCUCUGUCUGUCUCUCCCUCUCACUCUCUCUCUUCUCUCGCUCAACCAGUGUGCACUCUGCUCUGUCUGUGCCUGCAUUUUUUCUCCCUUCUCUUUCGUUCUUGGUCUCUCAGUGGCGGCAGCUCAGGGAAGCAGCUGCAUGUUUGUCUGCAUCCCAAUUGCCACAGGUAAAGACAGCUGUAUCAUCUGAUGUUGCUAACCCCGAGGGGGGUUGGGGAGCCUUUGCUGCUGCGGCUGCAAGUUGUCAUCCCGGUGCGGGGCGCACAUUUCUAAUCAUCUUGAAGAACGCAUCCUAGAGGGAACGACGAGCAGAGGACCCCAGCAAACAGACCAACAAAUCACACGCUGACUGGAAAGAGCACAGGCUUCCAGGGACUGAGGAAAAUAUAACACUUCUCAGAAAAAGAAUCAGUGGGAUAUAUUUUCAACAUUGUGGUGUCCUGUUUAUGAUUUUCCUCUUUCCUCGUGUUUUCUAUUCUUUUGCUUUCAAUUCUUUUUGUCUUUUCCAUGCUUCUCAUCCUCUUCCUCUCACAAUUUAUUCCUCUGUGCCGGAAUGCUCCCUGCAAAUAGAUGAGAAGAGGCUUUCUGUGCGCUUGCUGCAGUAUUAACAAACAGUACACUGAGUCAGUAGAGAGCUGAGCGGACAGCUUGGAGGAAUCUGAUCCACAGCCGGCUGGAGAAGGAGCAGGAUCACGCGUCGCAGUUGCAGAUUUAUCCGCCCUGUGAUACUGUGCAACAACACCCCUCAUUCUUUUCCCCCCACCAUCCAUCUCUCUGUCCUCAUCUUGAGUGUCUGUGAGUGUUAUUUUUUGAGUGGAUCAAGAAAAUUAAUUGGAUUCUACUGCUUUAUUUUUAGCCUUAUUGGAAUAUUGUAAAUAUAAAAAGGAGCAAAGGGGGUUUGGAUUUUUUAGGUGAAACGGAGGAGGCUGCUUGAAAAGCAAUGGGAGAGAAAGAUUAGCAGAUUAUCAUAGGAGAGUGUUGAAAAGACGCAUAAGCGAUACACGUCUUAGUGAGCACUCUUUUUUAGUUAUGAAAGAGACAGAUUUUGGGAUGUGAAGGACGCUGACUCGGCUAAAGCAGUCGGAACAGACUGCAUCAGGAAACAUUUUUUUUUCUUUUUUUCGGUCCUGCCCAGGGUGGGGAAGCAACUAGACCCACCCUGCAAGUUUAACUCUCUGAUUCGAUAUUACUGUCCCGUCGUGGAUUCUACAUGGAGGGGACACAUUCGGCAUGUUAAGGAAAAGUGUUUUGGAUUCUUUUUCUCCUUUUUUGCUGCAAUGGCAUCCAAAUACUGAUGCCAUGGAUUUCCUACACGUACAGAUGUAAAUCUGUUUCUUCCCAUCCAUCUCUCCCUUCCAUCUCUCCUUGUUACUCCCUAUUAGAGGCAUCACUUCCAUUUUUCCUCUUGUUAACCCUGCUGUGAAGACUAUUGGAGUUCACUGUUGCUUCAGCUGGACAUUGAGAGUUGAGCAGGACUAAACACGGACUAAACACUUAUACAUCUUUGCCAGCUCUUCAAUUUUUCUCUGGGUGUCUCUGCGUGUGAGUGUGUGUGCUUGAGCGUUUGUGAUUGUAUGUAUGCAUGUACCUCCUGCAGCCUUUUUCCUCUCUGUCCAUCCUUGGAAUACAUAUUUUUGUGUGUGUGUUAUUGAGAGGCAGAUUCUGUGGGUUCCAUUCCUUCAAAUUUCCAUUCGUUUUUUUCUUCUGGCCUUGUUGGAAACCUUUCUGCCAUGUGCAAACGAUGCCUAUCACAGAGUUAACCCUUAAUGAGCCAUAAAGGACGACAGGGAAUGAUGAGUGAGUGUUCUGGGGCAGCUGCAUCUGGGGCAGUAAUCCUGGAAGAACCUGAAGGUUCGGGAGCUUCUGCGGGCCGUGGGGAGGGCCAGGCCCAGGAACAGGGUCCCCUUCGCUGUGCAGUUUGGCCUCGCCAGCAGACAUGGCUGUGUGUGGUUCCAUUACUUAUUGGUUUUAUUGGCCUUGGAUUGAGCCUGAUGCUGCUGAAAUGGAUUGUUGUUGGUACAGUGAGGGAUUACGUCCCAACAGAUCUAGUGGAUGCAAAUCGAAUAGGACAAGAUCCCAUCUUCCUCUCCAAGCCAAGUGGGAUUCCCAAGAGCCCCGAUACUACCACUACUACAACUACUCCUACAAUCGAUAGCAGGAACCCCACUGCUAGAACUGCUACUGUGGCAAAAGGUAGAACUCGCACUACUGCUACCACCACAACUAUAAAUGCUAGAGGGGGCGGGGCGUCAGGCAGUCAGGUAACUCCUCGGAAUCCUGGAAGUCGUAAUGGACGUGGACCUUCAGGUUUUACCACAACUACUGCAGCACCACGUACAACUUUCAUAAUUGGAGCUGCAACAUCUAGCUCCUCACCGCCCAAUCCGACGGUUCUUCAUGACUCUACACAGAUGUGGACGGCAGAACAUACUACUACAGAGACGAUCUCCACCACACUCACUACACGUACGCACAGUCACCGCAAAACCCCAUCUCCAACUGUCCCUCCGCUACACUCGGAGCAUUUCAAGCCCUGUCAUGAGAAGGACUUGGCCUACUGCCUAAAUGGUGGUGAAUGCUUUGUCAUCGAGACACUCAGCGGGCCUCACAAACACUGCAAGUGUCGAGAAGGAUACCAAGGAAUCCGCUGUGACCAGUUUCUGCCCAAGACUGACUCCAUCCUGUCGGACCCAAUUGAUCACUUGGGCAUCGAGUUUAUGGAGAGCAAAGAGGUGUAUAAGAGACAGGUGCUGUCAAUCACAUCCAUCGCCAUGGCAAUUAGCCUCCUGGGAACGCUGUGCAUGGCCCUCUACUGCCGCAACAAGAGGCGCAGAGAAAAACUCCAGGCCCACCUGAAGGAGAGUCGCAGUUUGAAAAACUACACUACUAGUUCCCAUAAUGCCCUAGAAGCCAAAAUGAGAGCCUCUAACACCAACCUGCAAAUUCAUGAGUGCUGCAAACGGCCAUCCCAGUCUCGCCAGGGAAACGUCUGCGAGUCCAGCUUUUCACACUGCAGCAUCACGACUACGCCACCCAGAAGCUCCAGAGGCACAGUAAAACAUCACAGAAGCAGUUCCCUGUCUCACAGCCCUGACCAGAGAAUGCGGGCAGCCCAUUGGUCAGCUCCUCGCCGGACUCCACCCAUACCCAAAGGAAGAUUAAACCCAAUUGGAGUUUCCAAGUAUUCUGGCCCCGCCUACCAGCACCUUCAGGAAGUGGACUCAUCUGAGAAGGAAGCAGAAGCACAAAGAGGUGUCCAAGUGCAGGGAGAGAACCAGUGUGAUGACACCUUCCUACAUAUGCAAGCUCCUGCGAUGCAGGCAUUGUCGCCAUCGCCUUGGAGCGGCUGCGUGGAGGUACGCGCACAUCUGUGUCCUCCAUCUGAACCCAAUCCCACCACUCGCAGCCUGAGAAGGCCGGGGCGCCGUCAAAGCCACUCCCCACCUCCCCCGUUCCGCUCCUGCUCUAUUCCCAUCAUUCCAUCUGUGCAGUGUCACCAUGACAAUGAGGUGUCUUGCAUGCAAACCACCCCAGCGACCACAACGAUGUCAGUCACCUGUGGGGCCACGCCUUGCAAGGAGGAGAAGAAAGAAAAGGCAGCGCACGCCCCGUUGUUUUCAUCUUCCUGCUCGUCUGCCAUUGGACGGCAGCAAGAUGAGGUGGCCCUGCUGCUCGAAGAGGCACAGGAGCAACUCAGGGCGUUGGCGCUGGCUCACAGGAAGCAGGAGGGGGGUGGAGUCUUCACCGGCACCUCAACGGUUGCACUGGUGGAAGCCAGAGAAACUGUUUGCUUCCUGAACGUUAACGGAGGAAGUGCCGGGGCGCUGAGCUGUAACGGACCCACGCAGACCCAGCUACUCAGCCCCAGCCUAUCACACAGAGACCUGGGCCAAACCGGCCAAUGAGAGGGCAUGAUUUAGGACAUUCACUUACUGUUUUACACUGUUUGACAGACUCUGGUGUUCUGCAUCUGUGGGAUGACAAUGAAAAUGCUGAAUUAAAAAACAAAAAAGAAAAAUGUAAUAUCAUGGAUAAUCCGAAAUGUGCUGAUGAUAUGCAUACUGUAUGUACACGAGCAUACAAACACUUCUCGAGUGGCCGCCUUUACACCGACUGACAGUAUGGAAAAAGAAAAAAAAAAUAUUCACAUGCAUUUAUUUACCAAACAAGAGAAACACUUCUACUUAGACAAAAAGAAACCAAAUAGUCUGUCAGAUCCAUGGUGUUUUUAAUUGUAAAAAGAAUAUAUAAAUAUAUAUAUAUAAAUAUAUAUGGAUAUAAAUAUAUGGAAUUCAAAAGUGACCAAGUAAAGUUGAAGAACACAGGAAUGAUGUAACUAUUUUUGUUUGUUUUUUCGUUCUCUUGGUUUUGUAUUCUCACAUUUUGGUUCUGGCUCGAUGAAGAACUCCAUUACUGUCCCGCCGCACGUCCGCGAGUCGUGAAUCGGAUUCGGCGAGCCUGCGCGGAAUCAAAAACGACCAACGAGAAAAAGGAGCCACCACACCAAUUUCACCCCCCUUUGCCUUUUGAAAAACUGUUACCCAGCCAAGAAUUACAACGCAGCCGUCUGUGGUAAUCAAAAACACUUUGAGGAUUUACGACGCAAAACAAAAACUCCCCAGCUUUGUGUGUGCGCGUGUGUGUGUCUGUGCUGGGAAGCCACGAGGGACGAGACAAGGAAAAACUAGGGUUUCAUUUGGAGCCACUCGGAUUUGAGAGGGCAGAUUGUGGAGAUACUGACUCCAGUUUGGCCAGUGUUGGAAACCAGUCUAGAUUAUUUUUGUUUUUAUUACAAAUUAUAUUUUCACACUCAUAUGCACACACGCUCGCCUGUGAAUUAUUAUUUGGUUGCUUGAACGAAUGAACAGAAGGACUGAGAAGGACAGUGGGCUACGGGGCUCUACGGGAGUGGAUGUUUGUUUUAUUUUCCAUUUUUUUGGUUAUUAAUGAACAAUGCUGCUUUCUGGGGCUGAUGGGAGGGACAACCACAUGGUUUUGGUAUUGAAACAAGAAAUAAAUGUCUCUAUGUUGUAUCCUAUGAAUUGGAAGCUUUUGAAUCUCUGUAUGAAGUUACAGCCAAAUGUCUCUGGUGUCACAAAGUAUAAAAACAAUGGUUGCAAUUCUGGUAAAGACUUUUCCAAAAUAACUGUUGUUUUGAUUGAUUGCUUGAAAGACAGCAACCUGCCCGUAGAUGCAUGCUGGAUAACAUCACUCUGAGGGUUUACACUGACAGUGUUACUUUUGACCUUUUCACAACUUCACCAGCUUGAAGACAUCUGGGAUCAGCAUUCAUGAAGCACUUUAUUUUGUGGAGCUCCUGAUUUUCUGUGCACUGAAUACCAAAAUGUUUUAAAAUGUGGUGCCGUUUCCUGGCUGUAGAUGGACAGCUACAGCCAUUUUUAUAAAUUAAGCCAACAACCCUCAGAAAAAUGUUCACCACUGUGGGAAAGCCCAGGAAUUUGUUUUUCAGGCGGAGAAAAGCGCCAUAUGGAUGGGAAUGUGUCAGUAUUCAUUCAAAUUCGUGUGACACAACUGCAAACUUAUGUAAAACCUACCAAAAUGAAAUAGAAUCGAUAGUUAAAUAUCAAACCCAUUUUAAAUAAAGUAUAUCAGACUCAGGAAUAAAUGCAACUUAAUUGUUAAAGUGAACUAAAUCUUGAACUUUGCACAGAAGAAGUAAGAUACACAUCUUCUUCUUCAACGUGGCUUUAAAGCCAUCAGAAUCUCUAAAACAAGGAAAUGAUGACCUGCUUUUAGAGUUUUGCUAGUCUAACUGUAGUACAUAUGAACCAACCAUGACCUGUAAUCUAUUACUUUGUGUUUCCAGACACAGAUUCUCAUAUGUAUGAAUCACACUGACAUAUUUCCCACAUUCUAAAAAAAGGGGGGGAAAAAAUCCACAUUUGGUGGUUUUGUUGUUGGUGGAAAUCAUUUUGCAGUUUGAAGCAGAGACUCCAGUUUAACAGUUCAAGUCACACACUUCAAAGCUUUUCACACAUCGUUUGUGUUUCUUUUUUAUUGUGUUAUUAAUUCAAACUGCAUUAGGGAGUAAGAUGUAGCUGUUUUAAAACUACUGGGUUAGGUCUACUUAAAACUACAAUAACUCCAAUUCUUUUCAAGCACUGUUUUUUGGUUGCCAUGGUGAUGCAUCCCUGCUUUGUCUAUGUGCUCCCAACAUAAAACUUACUUCUGUUUAUAACUAUUCUAAAAAUAAAUUUACUUAUAAAGUCGCUUUUUUGCAUGACAGUCAGCACAGCACCUUUUCAUGACUGUUUCACAGGCUGCUUUGAGCCUGAGCUCGGACAACACGCAUGAAAACACUCAACAUGAAAACCCUUAACAAUGUUAACGACAACCAAACAUGCAGUAUUUUUUGUUAGCCUCGUGUCUCUCCACGACACUUUCCCGUACACAUGACCAGCACUCCUGAGAGGUCUGAUUCAUUAGACUAAAUUCAAAGAAAUUUGAACUCUUUCAGCAUGCACUUUUCAAAUUUCUCACAAUGGGGAUCCUUUUCCAUUUUUUCUUUUAAUAAAUGCCUGAAUGGCAUGGCUAAAUCUAAUUCACACAUAGAAAAAAAUUGUCUAUAUCCGGCUUGCUUUAAUUCUUUGUUCCUUUUGUUUAUUUGAAGGCUUAUGUUCCAACUAAACCCUCAAAAAGGUUCUUUUCUAUUUUUCUCUGAAGUUUUGGCUGUUUGACACGAAUGUCCAACUAUAAUUUCUUUACCCAUAGAAAGUGCUAAUGGCUUGGAAUGUGGAGGCAGAAAAAAAACGUGGAUUUCUUCAUUUGUCUGAUUGCUAGCUUCACUGUGAGCUGUUAUCAGGUUAAAGUCUGACAGCACUGUGUAAAUUUGAGUUCUUAUCUGAGCCAACUGGACUCUGCAUCAAAUACCAGUUUUUACAACAUUUAUGAAAUGUUUCAAAAUUAAAAAAAAAAACAGCAAAGCUUUGGAGGUUCAAAGAGCAGUAAGUCAUGGCCUGAUGACAAACAGGCAUUUCCAUUUAACUGACACUUCUAUAAGAGUUAUUACUGCACCUUGAGAAAACUGUAAUUACUUUUGGCAUGCAGGUACUUCAGCACAAUGUACAUCUGAGCAUAAGCAAUUAUACAACAGAAGAGAGGGAAAAACUAAUUUAAUGGAGACGUCUCUGCUCCUCUCUGAACAUCUUUAAAUGGUUUUCCUAGCAACUGAAGGUCGCUUGCUGCAUAACUUCACAUUGUGCUAGUCAUGAGAAGCAGCAAAGUAAUAGAAAUGAGGGCGUUUAUUUGAUUAGAAAAACUUGAUUGACUUUCUUUUUAUUACUCAAAGAUUUAGAGAGCAUAUCUGCCUCUCUUCAUUAGAGUCAAAAUGCAUUUAAAGUUUAAUUAGGUGUAUGCAAAGACUACAUUUAACCAUGUGCUGUAAAGAAUUCAUAUUUCUCUUUAAUUUUUCUUUGGCAACAAUGCCUUGUUCACCAUAUGCCAUCAAAAUCUUUAACUCCAAAAUCUUAAACGUUUCACAGCUAAGGUUCAAGGUUCUGUAUUCGUCACAUGCAAAGUAUAACACACAGUGAAAUGUAACCUGACAUGCUCUUCAACGAAGAUGGUGGGGGGGACGACAUUAUAUAUAAUAUAUGCAAUAUAUACUAUAUAUGCACACAUGCUACGGCAAGGAAGAGCCAGGACAACAGCUCGGGGGGAGAUAUUGUCAUGUAGUAGGAUCCACUGUGGAUCCUAUAACAGAGAGACAGAACUGUACAAGGUGCACUCUCACAAUAUGAGACGAGCACCACCGAGGCUGGAGAUAGAGCACGUGGAGUCCAGGAAUUGAAGAAUUGUUGUUUCUGAGUCAGUCACACAUGCAUGUCUUCAAACAGUGAUGCCAGAGUACAUGGGGAGAUGGUGGUGAUAUGGACCUCUUAUUCACGAGGUUUAUGAUCAAGCUUGUAAGCAUUAGCUGAUCAUUUCAGUACUGCAUGUCCUAAGGCACAUGAAUCACUAAUACCCAAGGCUCGCAGAAUCAGACUUUGUAAGAGCAAUUACUCAUAGCACUGCUUUUAUAUACAGUAUAACUACAUUUGUUUUUAAUGAAUCCAUAAAAUCAUUUAUGAUUCAAAGUCUGAGUUUAAGCAGAUGAUUUAUUGGAAUACAAUUCCUCUUCAUGCUACAAGCCUAUGCAGGCGGGGUGCAGUUUUGAUGUUUCUAACACAGAAACUGCCUACGAGUGCCUGCAGAAAGACGUCUCUUUUCCGUUAACAGAUGCAAAGAUUUAUGCUCUCUGCUGCAGUUUAGCUACUUCAGCUGUAUUCAGUCAGGUGGCUAAAAGUGAGGUAGUUAACACAAUCAGUACAGUGCCUGUUUGUGUGUGUGUGCCUGAGAGUGUGUUUGUGUGUGUGCCUGAGAGUGUGUUUGUGUGUGUGCCUGAGUGUGUAUGUGUGUGUGCCUGAGUGUGUAUGUGUGCGUGUGUGCGACUGAUGGCAGGGAAUAGAGGUUAGACCAUCAGGCCAGAGAGAUAAGAGCUAUAGUUUGAUCCUCCCAAAGCACUCGACUGCCAGCCCAGCCAAGCCCAUCAGACCUCAUCUGAACUGCAUGCCAGUUCACUGACAGUGUUUGUUUGCAUUUUUAUGGAUAGAUAGUGUGAGUGUGUGUGUGUGCGUGUGUGUUUUAAAUGCUUGCGUGUCAACAUCUCUUUCUUUACUCUUCCAGCCAUAUGCCCUCCUAUCCUUACACAAACUCCUGCAGCAUGGAUAGCUACACAUCUAGAUAACAAGCACACUUAAAUAUAGAGCAAUGAGACUUUGCUCCCGAAGGUGGUUUGAACUGGAUCAAGUCAGAGAUAUAUACAGAGAGUCUGAGACAGUGAAAUAGGAGCUAUGAAGUGCAUACUGUCAGCUUGGCUCUAAUUCAGGCUGUUUCCCUCUUUAAAGCACAAGAUCCUGGAUGGUGACAGAAGAGCUAAUCCUUAUAGCGACAGUGGGCUGUGGGCUGGGUAAUCACUAUAGGAAAGAGUGUAUGUGUGUGUGUCAGUGCCUUUCCUAAUUUGCAAUUCCAAAAAAAGUUGGAACACUAUGUAAAAGAAAAACAGAAUGAAAUGAUUUCUGUAUUCACAACAGAACAUAGAAAACAUAUCAAAUGUUUAAACUGAUGUACUAUUUUCUGUAAAAUAUUAGCUCAUUUUAAAUUCUAUGCCAGCAACACAUAUCAUAGAUGUUGGCAACAAAAGGCUGAAAAAGUAACCAGUGUUAAAACGAAAGAGCAGGAUGAACAUUUUGCAUCUAAUAAGGUUAAUUAACAGGUCAGUAACAUGAUGGGUAUAAAAAGAGCAUCUUAGAGAGACACAGUUUGUCAGAAGUAAAGAUGGGCAGGGGUUCUCCAAUCUGCAAAAACCUGCAUUUAUAAAUUGCAAAAAAUGUCAUAAUAGUGUUUCUUAAUGGAAAAUAAUGACUUUGAACAUCUCCUCAUCCACAGUACACAAUGUUACCAAACGUGUCAGAGAAUCUGUAGAAAUCUCUGGAUGCAAGGAACAAUAAUGGCUUUGGAAUUGGCAGCUUGCCAAUCUGGGACAACAUCUGGAAAAGUGCCUCCGGUACAGAAAGGUAUAUAAAGGUUUAAGAGCAACAUCAUCUCCGAUUCUAUGCCUUUUUCAGGGAAGGCCUUUCAUAUUUCAGAAACCACAUCUGACUUUAUUGUAACAACCUGACUUCGAAAAGUCCAAGUGCUGAAAUGACCUGCCUGAAGUCCUGACCUUUCACCGACUGAGACCGUUUGGAGCAUCAUGAAACCAAAGAUACGAAGACCAGGACUUUGUGAGCAGCUAGAAUCCUCUAGCACGCUCAUUCCGAAACUGCGGUACGUGUACCACUGGAGGUACAUGAGCUCCCUCUAUGCGAUUAAAUAAUAUACCAUGAUCUGACUGGGGAAUUUCAGAAAAAUUUAAAUGUACAGCUCUGCUAUCACUUCCAACAUAAAUGUAAAUAUACAACAUAUACAACAUUCAUUUAUAAAUAUACAACAUAAAUAUAAAUGGAGACAGGACACUAACCAGCAGUGACGUUCUUACGGUUACUGAAGUUGGGCUAGCUUAGCAUAUAAUGAUGUGCUGCGUAGUGGUUAGCUACACAGCUAUGGUUAGCUUUCUUUUUUUUCAAGGGGCUUGUUUAGAUUCAGUAGAACAAAGCAUUGAAACAUGUUAAAAACACAACAGCCUUAACAAACGCAGAGUAUUUUGGACCCGAAAGCAUGGUUCAUCACUUAAAGACCAGAUAUCCCACCUGCUGUGAAUGUUUUAAUGCACUACGGUUGUUAUUGCCACCACUUGUCACAUCCUGUUUAUGACAGUUAAAAUAAAAAACAUCAUGUCAGAAUUAAAAUUGUCUUGUGUAAACUGUAUAUUGUGUUAAAUAGGCCUAUACUACUGUACUUUAAUGUCGGUCAUAAGGGUGGUACUGGCCAUAUAUGAGGUGGUACUCAUUGUGAAAUGUUUGAGAACAACUGCUCCAGCAGACAAGAAUAGCAAAACAUUCCUCAUGUUUGAAAUUUAGCUGGUGAGUUAUAAAAGAAGUGACCCUCUCAUGAAGGACCAAACUACCUACAGAGACCACCACACUUUUUUUAACCUGUUUUUACCUGUUAUAUGGCAGCACGGUGGCACCGUGGUUAGCACUGAAGAAGGUGCCGAGUUCAAUUCCACCAUCAGGUCGCGGUCUUUCUGUGUGGAGUUUGGAUAUUCUCCCUGGGCUUCCUCCAAAGACAUGCAGUGGUGGGAGUUGUGCAAUGGGGAUAGGUUAAUUGGAAACUCUAAAUUGCCCAUAGGUGUGAAAGUGAAUGCGAAUGUCUUUGCACUCACAUUCAGACUGGCGACCUGGGCCUCUUGGCCCCAAGACAGCUGGGAUAGGCUCCAGCCCCCCCGGAACCUGAAAAGGAUAAGCGGCAGACAAUGAAUGGAUAGAUACCUGUUAUAGCUGAUCUAAAGUUGAGCUUUUUAACAUGGAAGUCUGAAGAGACUUUUGGAGCCAAAGGAGUGCAGUUUCUGGCACUUCCACUUUGGCUAAGUAUUUCAGCGCCAGUUGUUGCAGUUUGUUUCUUUCAAGCCUUUUGGCUGUUCUCACCCUUGAAAGAUGGAGUCCACCAAUAAUUUCAUAA